CUUUGGAAUCAAGCUUAAAUAGCUUUAGCACGAUUCUGUUUUACAGUUUUGUUUUUAAAUGAACAUUUUUACAUCUUUAAUGCUUCACAAAUGUUUAAGCACAUUUGUUGAUGACCAUAUCUACAUUAAAAUAGCAGCGUGACCAAAAAAAAAAAAAAAAAGGAAAGAAAGAAAAGAAAGCAGCGUGACAAGGGGAGACGAGACGAUGACGAGAGGAGACGAGAUGAGACGAGAUGAGAAUAGGGUCGGGAGUGGGGAAUGAAUGAGAUAAAUCAAAACGACAGUUCCUAUUUCCGGAUUUUAGACUGAUAUUGACUCCUGUUUUAUGUAGUGUGUCCGUGCUCCUCUCUCCUGCUCUUUUACGCCCCAACUUGCGUCGCUGUGGGUUCAGCCUUCUCUGUCAGAUCUCUUGUUUUGCUGUAGCUAAUCGAUCCCUUGUCUUUUAGAAUCUGGCGUAAUGGAUGGCAACGUUGCUACCAAUGGCAACGGGGGCGGUGGGUAUCGCUUUCGGAGAAUUCCUCGACAUUCGCUCGCUCAUCUCAAGCUGGAUCCAUUGCUUGAUGACAAUUUGGAGCAGUGGCCACAUCUAACCGAACUCAUUCAGUGCUACAAAAGCGAUUGGAUUAAAGAUGAUAACAAAUAUGGCCACUACGAAAGUAUCAGUCCCGAUUCAUUCCAGAAUCAGAUAUUUGAAGGUCCAGAUACUGAUAUUGAGACUGAAAUGCAGCUUGCCAGUGCUAGACAAAUUAAGGCUGAAGAUGCUACCGAUGAUGACUUGCCAAGUUCCUCAGGAAGGCAAUUUCCCAACUCUAAUGUUACAAAGCAUUUUGGUCAGUCUCCUCUCCCAGCUUAUGAACCUGCUUUUGACUGGGGAAAUGAAAGGUCAAUGAUAUUUGGCCAAAGGAUCCCAGAAACCCCUACCACACACUAUGGCAGUGGGUUGAAGAUCUCUGUCAAAGUUCUAUCGCUUUCCUUUCAAGCUGGAAUUGUUGAGCCAUUCUAUGGAACCAUGUGCAUAUAUAAUCGGGAGAGAAGAGAAAAAUUAUCUGAAGAUUUUUAUUUUUCUGUUCUUCCAAGUGAAAUGCAGGAUGCUAAAGUGUCUUUAGAACCUCGUGGGAUAUUCUAUUUAGAUGCUCCAUCAGCAUCAAUCUGUUUGCUAAUCCAGUUAGAGAAGCCUGCAACAGAAGAAGGCGGUGUAACCCCUUCGGUUUAUUCACGUAAAGAACCGGUGCACUUGACUGAGAGAGAGAGGCAGAAGCUGCAGGUGUGGUCUCGUCUAAUGCCUUACAGAGAGUCUUUUGCCUGGGCCAUUGUUCCAUUAUUUGACAAUAGCAUCGCUGCAGCUUCUGGUGGAUCUGCUUCUCCCAGCAGUCCUCUUGCUCCCAGCAUGUCUGGUUCAAGUUCUCAUGAGGGUGUAUUUGAGCCCAUUGCUAAGGUCACAUCAGAUGGGAAACUGGGUUGCUCAAGUGGUAGUUCUGUUAUUGUUGAAAUAUCUAAUCUAAAAAAAGUGAAGGAAAGCUACACUGAAGAGUCACUUCAGGAUCCUAAACGAAAAGUACAUAAACCUGUAAAAGGUGUUCUGAAAUUGGAAAUUGAGAAACACCAGACUGCUCUUGCUGAGCUGGAUAAUAUAUCAGAAGGUGGCAGUGCGACAAAUGAUUCCCUGGAUGCUGGGGAGCCAGUUGCUGAUUUAAUGUUUUCAAGGAGUCCUGGAAAUGGUCUGGAUGGUCCUCAGACUAGCAACUCCAAGUGGAUCGCAAUUGAUGGGAAAGAGGUUUCUGGAAAUGGAUCUAACAGUCAUGGAAAUCUAGAUUUAUGUGCAGAUGAUUUUCAAGCUUUUGACUUCCGCACAACAAUGAGAAAUGAGCCAUUCUUGCAGCUUUUUCAUUGUCUAUAUGUGUAUCCGUUAACUGUGAAUUUGAGUCGGAAAAGGAAUCUAUUCAUACAAGUUGAGCUAAGAAAGGAUGAUGCUGAUGCUCGGAGGCAGCCCUUAGAGGCAAUCCAUCCAAGGGAUCGUGGUUCAUCACACCAGAAAUAUGCUCACACACAAGUUGCUGUUGGUGCUAGGGUUGCCUGCUAUCACGAUGAGAUUAAAGUUUCACUUCCUGCUGUCUGGACACCAUCACAUCACCUGUUAUUUACUUUUUUCCAUGUUGAUCUUCAAACUAAACUUGAAGCUCCAAAACCAGUAGUUAUAGGAUAUGCAGCACUUCCAUUAUCGACACAUGCCCAAUUGCGAUCUGAAAUUUCUUUACCGAUAAUAAGGGAAUUGGUUCCACAUUAUCUCCUGGAUUCUGGCAAGGAGAGGUUGGAUUAUUUGGAAGAUGGAAAAAAUGUAUUCAAAUUGCGGUUAAGACUUUGUUCAUCUCUAUACCCGAUUAAUGAGCGCAUCAGAGAUUUUUUUCUUGAGUAUGAUAGACACACUCUUCGAACAAGCCCACCUUGGGGUUCUGAACUUUUGGAGGCAAUUAACAGCUUAAAGAAUGUCGAUUCCACUGCUUUGCUUCAGUUUCUUCACCCGAUUCUAAAUAUGCUUCUCCAUCUUAUAGGGAAUGGUGGAGAAACCCUUCAGGUUGCUGCAUUCAGAGCCAUGGUUAAUAUCCUGACAAGGGUGCAGCAAGAGUCAGUUGAUGAUUCUGAACGAAAUCGCUCUCUAGUUAACUAUGUAGAUUAUGCUUUCGAUGACUUUGGUGGUCGUCAACCCCCAGUUUAUCCGGGCUUGUCUACUGUGUGGGGUAGCUUGGCUCGUAGUAAGGCUAAGGGUUAUCGUGUUGGACCAGUGUAUGACGAUGUGCUGGCAAUGGCUUGGUUUUUUCUUGAGCUAAUUGUUAAGUCAAUGGCAUUGGAGCAAACACGUCUGUUCUAUCAUAGCCUUCCAUUAGAUGAAGAUGUUCCCCCGAUGCAGUUGAAAGAGGGUGUGUUCAGAUGUAUAAUCCAGCUGUAUGAUUGCCUUCUAACUGAAGUUCAUGAGCGUUGUAAGAAAGGGCUAAGCUUGGCGAAACGAUUGAACAGCAGUCUGGCAUUCUUUUGUUAUGAUCUUUUAUCCAUUAUUGAGCCUCGCCAGGUUUUUGAAUUGGUGUCCUUGUAUCUGGACAAGUUUUCUGGGGUAUGUCAAUCAGUUCUGCAUGAUUGCAAGCUAAUUUUUCUGCAGAUAAUAUGUGAUCAUGAUCUUUUUGUGGAAAUGCCUGGGAGAGACCCCUCAGACAGGAACUAUCUUUCAUCUGUCUUGAUUCAAGAGCUUUUCCUUACUUGGGAUCAUGAUGAUUUAUCUCAGCGUGCUAAGGCAGCUAGAAUUUUGGUGGUUGUUUUAUGUAAGCAUGAGUUUGAUGCUCGGUACCAAAAACCUGAAGACAAGCUGUAUAUUGCUCAACUAUAUUUUCCCCUCAUUGGCCAGAUUCUAGAUGAAAUGCCCGUAUUUUACAACUUAAAUGCUGCCGAAAAGCGUGAAGUUUUGAUUGUUAUCUUGCAAAUCGUGCGGAAUCUGGAUGAUGCAUCAGUUGUUAAGGCUUGGCAGCAAAGCAUUGCUCGAACUAGAUUAUUUUUCAAACUCAUGGAGGAAUGCCUGGUUCAUUUUGAGCACCGAAAGCCUGCUGAUGGAAUGCUUAUAGGAAGCAGUUCUCGCAAUCCUGUGGGUGAUGCACCUACAUCACCAAAGUAUUCUGAUAAGCUUUCUCCUGCAAUCAACAAUUAUUUAUCUGAAGCAUCGAGACAAGAAGUUAGACCUCAGGGAACUCCUGAAAAUGGUUACUUGUGGCAGAGGGUGAAUUCUCAGCUGAGCUCCCCUAGCCAGCCAUAUUCCUUGAGAGAAGCUCUGGCUCAGGCCCAAUCUUCUAGGAUUGGAGCUUCAGCCCAAGCACUUAGAGAAUCUUUGCAUCCAAUUUUGCGACAAAAACUGGAGCUUUGGGAAGAAAACUUGAGUGCUGCUGUUAGUCUUCAGGUUUUAGAAAUAUCUGAGAAAUUUUCUGCAAUGGCGGCAUCCCAUAGCAUUGCUACUGAUUAUGGAAAACUUGAUUGUUUAUCAUCUAUAAUUAUGAGCUUCUUUUCCCGAAAUCAGCCACUGGUUUUCUGGAAAGCUUUUCUGCCUGUCUUCAACAAUGUAUUUGAUCUUCAUGGGGCAACGCUAAUGGCUAGGGAGAAUGAUCGUUUCUUAAAACAAGUUGCCUUUCAUCUACUUCGACUUGCAGUCUUUCGAAAUGAUAAUAUUAGGAAAAGAGCUGUUAUUGGGCUUCAGAUACUCGUGAGGAGUUCAUUCUACUUCAUGCAGACUGCAAGGUUGAGGGUAAUGCUGACUAUCACCUUGUCCGAGCUAAUGUCUGACAUGCAGGUGACUCAGAUGAAGUCUGAUGGGACACUUGAGGAAAGUGGUGAAGCACGAAGGCUUCGAAAAUCUUUAGAGGAAAUGGCAGAUGAAGUCAAGAGCUCUGGCCUUUUGAAGGAAUGUGGACUUCCUGAGGAUGCUCUAUUGGUAACUCCAGAAAAUUUUAAAGAGAAUAGAUGGUCCUGGUCAGAAGUAAAAUCUCUCUCUGGCAGCCUUCUUCUUGCCCUUGAUGCUAGUCUGGAGCAUGCACUGUUGGGCUCUGUAAUGUCCAUGGAUAGAUAUGCAGCAGCAGAAAGCUUUUACAAGCUUGCAAUGGCAUUUGCCCCUGUCCCAGAUCUUCACAUAAUGUGGUUGCUGCAUUUGUGUGAUGCACAUCAAGAAAUGCAGUCUUGGGCUGAAGCUGCACAGUGUGCUGUGGCUGUUGCUGGUGUUGUAAUGCAGGCUCUUGUUGCUAGAAAUGAUGGUGUUUGGAGCAAGGAUCACGUGACAGCCUUACGUAAAAUUUGUCCUAUGGUCAGCAGUGAAAUCACAUCGGAGGCAUCAGCAGCUGAGGUUGAGGGAUACGGUGCUUCGAAGCUCACUGUUGACUCUGCUGUUAAGUACCUACAACUUGCAAAUAAACUUUUCUCUCAAGCUGAACUCUAUCAUUUCUGUGCAAGCAUUUUGGAACUCGUUAUUCCAGUUUAUAAGAGCAGAAGAGCAUAUGGACAACUGGCUAAAUGUCAUACAUUGCUCACAAACAUCUAUGAAUCAAUCCUUGAGCAGGAGUCAAGCCCUAUCCCUUUCACUGAUGCUACUUACUAUAGGGUUGGAUUUUAUGGUGAGAGAUUUGGUAAGCUGGACCGGAAAGAAUAUGUUUACCGAGAACCUCGUGAUGUGCGCUUGGGUGAUAUAAUGGAAAAACUUAGUCAUAUAUAUGAAUCUAGGAUGGAUGGUAAUCAUACAUUGCACAUUAUUCCUGAUUCCAGACAGGUGAAGGCAGAGGAGUUGCAGCCUGGAGUCUGUUACCUGCAGAUAACAGCUGUUGAUCCAGUCAUGGAAGAUGAAGAUUUGGGAAGCAGAAGGGAAAGAAUCUUUUCUCUUUCUACUGGAACUGUCCGUGCACGUGUUUUUGACCGCUUCUUAUUUGACACUCCAUUCACGAAAAAUGGCAAGACCCAAGGUGGAUUGGAAGACCAAUGGAAAAGGAGGACUGUUCUUCAGACUGAGGGCUCAUUCCCUGCACUUGUCAAUAGGCUCUUGGUGAUAAAAUCUGAAUCACUUGAAUUUUCUCCGGUUGAGAAUGCGAUUGGAAUGAUUGAAACUCGAACAGCAGCCCUACGAAAUGAGUUGGAAGAGCCUCGUAGUUCCGAAGGAGACCAACUGCCUCGUCUUCAGAGCCUGCAAAGAAUUCUUCAAGGCAGUGUUGCAGUUCAAGUGAAUAGUGGUGUUCUGAGUGUGUGCACAGCCUUCUUGUCUGGUGAACCUGCCACAAGGUUGCGUUCUCAGGAGCUACAGCAACUUAUUGCUGCACUCCUUGAAUUUAUGGCUGUUUGCAAGCGGGCAAUUCGUGUACACUUCAGACUAAUAGGAGAAGAAGACCAAGAUUUCCACACACAACUAGUGAAUGGAUUUCAAUCUCUCACAGCAGAGCUAUCUCAUUACAUCCCUGCAAUUCUAUCAGAGCUCUGAUAAUGUUGUAAGCAUUACUUGCUCCGAUAUAUCUUUCUGGUGCAAGCUGUUCAUAAAGAUUGUGACACAUUCUUUUUGUAGAUCUGUGCUCAAAUGAUGAUUGUUGAUGUAUGUAAUAACCAAUUUGUUUGUGUGCAAUGGUGGAUUACUUAUUGAAGCUAUAUCCCUCCUGCCUAAGCAAAAUUGGGCAAGGCAUUUUUGGUCAGUGACAUGUUACUUCUAGGAUGAUCAGAUGAGAAUCAGGUAAAGCUCAUUUGCCAAAACGCUAUGUAGAGUAGUAUUAUUCAACAGGUUUUACAAAGGACCUCUAGAAAUGGGAAUCUGUAUUUUCUGAUUAUCGUUUAAAUUAAUCAAAUCACAAGAAAGAAUCAUGCAGGGUUAGGGUCAUCCAUAUUAGAUGGAACUUCCUACAUAAUUCUGGAAAGUGAUUGGUUAAUUAUAGUGCAGUGAAUGUAAGGGUAUGCUUAUGCAGGUAAUGACAGUGCUACUACUGACUGCACAGCACACCUGACACUGCUAAGUGCUGAUGCUAUAAUUUGUGCGGUUGGGAACGUUUUGGCUCUAGAAUUGCGGUUUACUAAGAAUUUUUUUUUCUUCCUUUGUUAUUAAGUGUAAGUAUGAACAUCAUGAUAUUUUUUUGUUUAUAUUUUAAUUCUAUUCGCUGGUGAAAAA